UAAAAUAAAAUUCAAAUUUGGCGUGUUGUCUGAUAAAGAGACAAGUGUGUGGAUAUUGGAAAACACCGCCAAGCGAGCGCUGCAACGCAGCCCAAAUAAGAAGAAGACAAAUCAGCGAGUAACCCAAAAACUAUAUAAAAAAACCCAACAGUAAAAAUAAAAUUAAACACAAAAAUUAGCAAUGCUGCCAGCGAAACAAACGAAAAGCAAUAAAAACGAAAUUGUUGUGCUGGAGCAAAAACCAAAGAUGCAAUCGUCCACGACACCAAGUGCCUCGAUUAUUACAUAUAGUCCAAGCAAAUUUAUUGCCAGGGCUGCACCAACAACAUACACAAAACUGCGCACACACACAAACACAAACAUAACCAGGGCAGCAACAACAACUGCAUCUGCAGCUAAAAUACCCGCUAAUACCUCGUAUUAUGUGGUUAAAGCUGGUCAGCUUGGGAGCGCCGCUUCCAUUUUGAGCUCCCCGCCCAAAUUAACUGCAGCAGUGACGCCAGCAGUAACGUCAGCAGCAGCAGCAGCGACUGCAACUAUUCCAUCAGAGAGCUCCAGUACAAUUUCGGUGCCCAGCGAAGCAUCAAUGGAGCACACUUAUAUGCGCGAUGCAGCACGUCCGGACAACAACAACAGCAACACAAACUGCUCGAACACGAUAAACAAUGGACUGGCACCAGCACGCACCAUUCUAGUGCGUCAUGCCCCCCAGUGUCCCACCUGUCACACGUAUCCGGCGCACGAGGAUUUAUCCGAAUCUCAGCAGUCGCAGGCUCAUAUACCGCCCUACGACGAGAUUGCCGCCAAGGAGAUGAUGAAUGAAUGCGCACGCAUUGCGAAAUAUGUGCGCAACAAUAAUUCAGAUGAGCAGGAUUGGCAGGAGCGCAUCAAUCGUUUUGGUUGGACAUACAUGCAGGAGACGCUGUUCGAUAAAAUUGCUGCCAUUUUGGAUCAGGAUCAAUUGGCACGGCUGGCGAACGAUAAGCGUCAGCACGAGGCAGUGCAUCGUCGCGUGUCCGUGGACAAGUCGAGUUCCCGGAUGCGUCGCAUCUUGGCAAGCAUUGCGUGGGAGCCACGCACCACACAGUGGCUGCAUGCCCUGCUCAUGGAGCACCUGCCGCCCUCGUAUAUGGCCUCCUAUUUGGACAUUAUGCAGACGCUGAAAAACAAACUCCCAACACUUGUGGACAAAAUGCUCUUUGGUCGACCGCUGAAUAACAGUCAGGAGUUGCUGGCGCCCGUCAUGAAAAAGCGCUGGCAACCUGAUAUUUUGGCCAAGUCACGUCAUUUGGCCCACAAUGCCAUUAUUGUGGCCGUGCCCAAUAUGCCGACAAGUGGACCGGUGCCGGAACGCAUGCAGAAUUGGUAUCAGGCAUUGGCCACCAUAUCCCAAGUCGUCCAAAUCACGCUGCCCAACACAAAUGAUCGCAUUGGGCGCCAAAAUCUGGAUCAAGUGGCCGAGACGAUUGUGUCGCUGAUACGCGUUCGCAUCCACGAGUUGCGCACCGAGAAUCCCAAUCGUGGUAUCAUAUUGAUUGGUUUCAAUGCCGGCGCUGCGAUGGCAUUGCAGGUGGCCAUGUCGGAGAGUAUUGCUUGUGUCAUUUGCCUGGGUUUCGCCUUCAAUACGUUGCGUGGACCGCGUGGCACACCAGACGAUCGUCUGCUGGAUAUUAAGACACCCAUUUUAUUUAUCAUUGGCCAAAACUCCGCGCGCAGCAGCCAAGAGGAAAUGGAGGGUUUACGCGAGCGAAUGCAAUCCGAAUCCUCGCUGCUUGUCGUGGGCAGUGCCGACGAUGCGUUGCGUGUGCCAAAGAGCAAGCGACGCAUCGAAGGCGUCACCCAGGCCAUGGUCGACUCCAUGGUGGUGGAUGAAAUCUAUGAGUUUCUCAGCAAGACACUGAGCAAUCCGCCAGGUCCUCGCAUGCCCACACCACUGCUGGGCAGCAAUUCCUAUCAGCGUCAGAGCAACAAGCAUCAUCAACAGCAGCACGUCCUCGCCGAUGGCAAUGUGAACAAGGCACCAUUGGGGCAAGGACGCAAGCGCAAAGCUGAAGCUGCUGGACAGGAUGAGGGCGGCGGCAUCGCUGGAGGAGGACUUCUGCCAGCCAAAACUAAAUUUGUGCCGCACAAAGAGCGUAUUCCCAAAUAUCCCAAACCAAAGCGGCCUCGUCUCAUUGAUCCUUUUGCGGUCAAGCGAAAGGUUGGUCGCCCGCGAACGCGUCCGCUGCCAGCUGGUGUGGCGCUCGCAGCCAAAACAACUGGAUUGAGCAAUGAGGAGAUGAACAUGUCCAUUGAAUCCAUACUGGAGGAAUACGAUGAUAGCCAAACGUUGAACACUGUUGCACCACCCGCUGCUGCUACUCUUGCUGGUGGCAAGGGAGCGCCGCCCGUGCCCGCAACGACUGUUGUCAAGCCAAGUCAGCCGACAACAGUUUCACUGGCGUCGGGCACCAAGAUCAAGAUGAUACCACCCAGUCAAUUUGUGCAGCUGAAGAGUCUGCCCAACUCACAGACCAAGCUCGUCAACUACACCAUCAGCAAGGCGGGCAACGGUGCAACUAUGGCAACAGCUGCUGCCUCAGGUGGCACGACGACUGCGAGCAUUGGUAGCAUUGUGAAGACACUGCCCACAUCCACAACCCACAGUGGCCAUCAGGUGUUCACACUCAAAACGCCAACCGGGCAAACGACACAGUUCCAAACUGCUGGCGGUGCAGUUUCAACUCCUGUGGCAGCUGCCCAACAAAAGUAUACCGUGAUCAAGAAUGCCAACGGUUUGACCAUGCUGCAAGUGACCAAAAAUGUGCCCACAACUAGCAGCAGUGUGGAUUACUCGAACAUCAUUGAUAUGCCCAUUGUAUUUGCGGACAACGAGGGCAAUAUUUCCGAGCAGCAGCAACAACAGCAACAGGAGCAACUUAAAACGGUUACCAGCUCCGCGGCGCCAUUAAUCAUUACUCAGAAGAUCAUCAAGGAUCCCGUCAAGACAAGCAGCAGCGGCGCGAGUAUUGUGACUAACAGCAAAGGAAUUGUGAUCAAUAAGAAUAUACAGCAAUUAUUAAGCAACAGUGGCAACAAAGUUGUGUAUUUAAAUCGCAAUGCCAUGAAAACCGUGACAACAGCAACAGGAGCAGGAGGAGGAGGAGUUGCAACGACAGGACGACUGUCAGGUAGCGUGCCCAUACGCAUUGUGAGCAGCAGUGCCACCUCAAAGCCAACUACAGUUGCAACAAUGACAACAACGACGCCAGCAACAACGAGCAACAGCAGCCAAGUGCUGCUCGAGGCAAGCCAUCUGCGUUCGCUCAAUUUGCGCACCUUGAAGACACCCGUACUCAAUACCACGGGCAGAGGAGGAUUACGUGUGGGCAACAAGACAAUUUCACAAUUUCAAAUCAUCAAUAAUACGGCGGCGGGUGGUGCUGCUAGUGGCCCAGCAACAACCACCAGCAAAUUAUUCUUCAACUCAGGCAUGGGCCUGAAACCCUUCUCAAUGGUGGCGAAUCGUUCGUCAUUGGUCUCCUCCAGCAGCAGCACCACCAUACCAGCCAUGGCUCCAGGGGGUGCAGCAGUGCGUCGUGUUUUAAAUAUUGGCGCCGUUACAAAGCCAGGAGCAGCAGCAGCCAACACAACAACGAUGACAGUCUCCAAGGAUUCGAAGAUCAUGAAGGCGACGACGACGACGCCGGCAGGACUGAGCAAGAGCAAGGAGCCGGAGUAGUCGUCUACUUCAACCCCACUCCACAAUCCUCAUCUUUCAUCUCCUCCCUCCUCUUGUGUUAAACUUACUCAAGUCAUCUCUGCAGACAUUCAAAUGUAGUAGUUGGUCACUGAAAUCCUCAAGUUAUGCCAUAAGUUAUACUUAAGAUUAUUAUCUGAGUUGUGUAAAUAUAUAUAAAAUAUAUGUUGAUCUAUAAAUA